AUGAGUUACCAACUUUAACCAAAGCCUCUCUAAUUAUUUUACUAUUUACCUUAUAUUCAUCAACUAGCCAUACCAAUGGUCCCUUAAUAUCCAAUCUGCAAUUUUCCAUAAUAAGUGAGUCCAAUUUACUAGCCAGUAGUCCCAGGGACUUCAUAAGAUAAUUGUAUUGUUAUAGAGGAUGAUAAUAUUCAGCACCCACUGAACUAAAUUCAUUCUAUGAUUUUGUAAUCGUAAACCAAUAGAGAAUAAAAUUCCCUUUAAGAUGAUGUUAUGCAAUAGGAAUAACCAGUAUAAAAUAUAACACAUUAAAAUAACAAUUUGAAUGAAAAUCAACCUCACAUUCGAAUUACUGUCUUUAAAUAACACUCAAGUUAAACUGACUAAGAAUUUAUCCUUCAAAAUGAUAGAAUCUUGGGGUCCGAUUAAAAAAAAGAAAUAAUUAUUGGUAGAAAAAAGCAGUAAGAAGAAAAGCAAGACACAUGUGAUAUCUAUUUACCACAUGGGGAUAAAAACGUUGAAAAAGUUCACUGCAAAAUUUUGACUGAUCAAGGAUUCGUCUUCUCAAAUACUCUUACUAAACCUCUUAUACUAUUUUUUUCUCUUAUAAGGAAUAAUCAACAUGCAUCAAAACUACCUUUUUCAGUUAUAAAGCAUAUUUAUUCUUUUAUCAAAAAUAAACCUUAAUUUUAUAUUUGCGAUAAUGGAACCAGAGCUGGUACUUUUAUGAAGAUUAAAAAGGACAAAAUAAGAACUAUUGAAUAAGAAAAUACUUAUUUGAUUGGAGCAGACACAUUUUUCCAUGUUUUAGAAAAGAAAUCAUAGCCAAAGCAAAAUAAAUCAAAAAAAGUAAAAAAAGACUAAAGCUUUUUCUAUAAUGCACUUGCAAAGGAACAUAUAAGAAGAGGAUCUAAAAUUCAUGGAUUGACAUUGGAAGAAACAGAAAUGUUUAAUGUUGCUAUGAAUGAAAUUAAAACAACCAAAUAAAAACAAAGAACUUCAUAAAAGCUAAGCGAAUAUGAUAGACCCUAUUUAAAAAUUACAUUCGAUAACUAAGCAAUUCAUUAAAUAAUUACUCAUAUUUUUGUUGCUAACUACAAUUAAGAAUCUGUAUAUAAAAUUGGUAGAUCCCAAGAAUGUGACGUGUUAGUUAAUAUUAAUACUGUCUCAAGAAAACAAGCUUAAAUUAUUUAUAAAAAUAAUGAAUGGUUCAUUCAUGAUGGAGAAGGAGUAAGAGAGUCAGCCAACGGAACUUGGCAAUCACUUCAAAACUUUUCAUAAAGAAAUCAUGAUAAGAAAUUAUAAUCAAGCAGACCUUAACUCAUUGAAGAUUAAAUGGAAAUUAAAAUAAGUGAAAACAUCGUUAAAUUUGAUUUUGUAAACUGUGGUAUUACAAAGAAGCGCAAACUAAAUAAAGCUUUAAUUCAAGAUCUACUAAAUAUAUAGUGA